AAAUUUGGUAGUAUCCCUUGGCUUCCUCUUCGCCAUUCCUUCCGUUGUCUUUCAUUUUUUUCGCUGCAAUUCCGGUGCGAUGCUCUCCGCCGCCUCGACGGUUGAUUAUUCCGACGUACCUCUCCGUCGACAUUCUUGCAUAUUCCGCGUAGCCUCGUGCGCUGUGCGCGGGAAUGAAUGCUUCUUCACACCCGCCGAAUGCCAUAUGCUCGGCGUCGCUACGCCGCUUGUGCAAAGGAAUCUUUUACGGCCAGAGUCCUCUUACUUCCGCCACUACGCUUUUCCUCGUGCAGGUUUCGCUCUGUUCGCUCUUCACUAACCUCUUCAAUCGCUGCCUCUCGCCGCUCGGCCAGAGCCUAUUCGUUUCUCAGAUAGCCACUGGCGUGGUAUUGGGACCAACAGUUCUCGGUAAAAUAUCAUGGUUUAGAGAUAUGGUCUUUCCACCAUCAAGCUACACCAUGAUCGACAUAUUUGCACUGCUGGGUGUGAUGUUCUAUUCAUUCGUUGUUGGAGUGAAGAUUGAUCUCAGUCUCAUAUCAAAGUCGGGUAAAAAGGCAUUGGUUAUAGGUACCUGUACAUUUGUGUUCCCUUUAGUGUUCACCUUCAUUUUUGGCAAAUUCUUAAUACUGCUCGUCCCAAAGGAUUCAAAUAUUUACUCUUCAAUACCAUGGAUUGGAUCGUUCCAAGCGAUAAGCUCCUUUCAAGCCAUUGUUACUCUGUUAGCUGAAUUGAAGCUCAUGAACUCAGAUAUUGGCAGGCUAGCCAUACCUUCUUCCACAUUAAGCGGUGUAUGCAGUGCACUUUGGGUGCUAAUUGUCUUCACGGUCUAUCAAGGUUCUCGUGUAGGUUCAAGUAAGCUUUUGCUGAUACUUGUAUUUUUAGGCAUUAUGGUGGUUUUUACCGUGUGUGUCUUUCGACCAAUGGUCAUAUGGAUGGCUAGACGCAUGAACGAAGUCAGGUGGGUGAAGGAGAGCCAUGUGCGUGUGAUUAUCACCUUGGUAUUAUUAUCCGGGUUUUAUGGCGAAUGCUUUGGACAAAAUUUCAUAUGGGGGCCUUUGAUCUUAGGCAUGGCUGUUCCAAGCGGACCUCCUUUAGGCUCAGCGUUGGUGGAAAAGAUCGAGUUCUUUGUUACACACAACAUGCUGCCGCUCCUUUUUGUUGUGAGCGCAGCAGGGUUGGAUUUCUCAGUGAUAAGUCUGAGGAACUUUGUCAUAAUCGAGUGCUUGUCAGUCGUUUCGCUUUUAGGGAAACUAGCGGCAGCGAUGUUGCCAUCUCUAUAUUUUCGAAUCUCUAGUGGCAAUGCUUUCUGUCUUGGCCUGAUAUUGAACAAUCAAGGCAUCAUGGAAGUUCUAGCCUUGGAACGGGCACAGUUUAUGCAGAUUAUCGACAGAGAAGCGUACACCAUCAUGGUCCUAUCGAUUUCUCUCUACACAGGAAUACUGACCCCGAUAGUGAAAUCUUCAUACAAGCCGUCGAAGAAAAUGUACAUGAUGGACAUGCCGUUGACGAUCGAGCACACCCCUCCCGACGUAGAGCUCCGAAUACUUGCUUGCCUGCACCACCAGGAGCACACGCCGUCGAUACUCAAUGUCUUCGAAGCAUCGUAUCCGCAUCCUGAUUCCCCGAUGUCGUUCUACGUCAUCCACCUCCAGGAAUUGGCGGGCAGGAGCGCACCGCUUCUGGUGGCGCACAACUCUGCCAAGCGGAACGACGUGAAGUUGCCUGAAUCGGAGCACAUUAUCAAUGUGUUUCAAUACUUUGAGCUUAGGAACCAAGGCUGCGCGACCGUGUACCCGUUCACUUCAAUAUCGCCCUACGCCUCAAUGCACGACGAGGUUUGCUCUCUGGCUGGAAAGAAGGGAGCGUCGUUAGUGAUCGUGCCAUUCCACAAGCACCCGAUGGUACAUUUCUCCAAAUCCGAGAUGCUGGCGAUAAGAUCCGUGAACGAGAACAUCGUGAGGCAAUGCCCUUCGUCGGUCGGGAUAUUGGUCGAUCUCAACGUCACGUACCACCACCACACGUCGAGGAUCGCCUUGUCGGCGAGAGACAUCUACCGAGUGGGCGUGAUUUUUGUGGGCGGUGCGGACGACCGCGAAGCAUUGGCGUACGCAUGCGUCAUGGCAAGAAACCCAAACAUCCGGCUGACGGUGAUUCGAAUUAUGGACGAGAACAAAGGGGGGUCGUGGUCGUACUGGGACAUGGUGGGUAUAAGGAAGUACAAAGAGAGCCAGAUGAGGAACAAGCAGUGUUACUAUCAGGAAGAGGUGGUUAGGGACAGUGUGGGGGUGGUGAGCGUAGCGAGAAGCCUGGAGGGGUGUUUUGAGCUGGUGGUAGUGGGGCGGCGGCACAACGGGUCGUCGGGGAUGCUGGCGGGGCUGCAGGAGUGGAACGAGUACCCGGAGCUGGGGUGUGUGGGGGACAUGCUGGUGUGUAUGGAGGCGGACUUUAGGGCGUCGGUGUUGGUGGUGCAGCAAGGCGCUGUAUCGGAGGAGUUUUUGGGUGAUGAGGGUGAAGAUGGUGAUGAUGGGUUUGGAGAUUCGGCUACUACUACUGGUGAAGUGUUGGAGAUGUCGCCUAAUCAUGGGAAGGUAUGGCAUAAAUUGUGAUCCUUUCUCUAUAUCUCAGGUACGCAGGCCUCUUUGUGAAAUUCUUUUUUAAGCUUUUGUGUGUAUAUUUGUAUUAUUAUUAUUAUUAUUAUUUUUUGUAACAACGUGUGGAACCUUAUAAAUAAGUCAUACUAGGCAGGCGAACCAUGUGUUGUCCGUCACCGUAUCAUUCGACUUAGUAUUGUUAUUAUUAUGUACAUGUAUAUAUGGUAUGAUAACUAUUGUCCACUAGGAAGGAUGCGCUAGAAAUUUUGGGCCUAUAGUUAAUACAGUAAAAGGCCCAGGCGACUUUACUAAGGCCCAACUUAUUAUUUUGC